AUUUUUUUCAUAUAAAUGGCUGAUUUCUUAAGAGAUUUCUUGAUUGGUGGUGUUUCUGCUGCUGUUUCAAAGACUGCUGUUGCUCCAAUUGAAAGAGUCAAAUUGUUACUCUAAACCUAAGAUGCAAAUAAAAAAAUCUAAGAAGGAGGAGCCAAGAAAUACAAUGGUAUUGUUGAUUGCUUCAUCAGAGUCCCAAAAGAAGAAGUAUAUUAUAUAAUAAAAAUAAAAGGGUUUAUCAGCUUUAUGGAGAGGUAAUUUGGCCAAUGUCAUCAGAUAUUUCCCAACUUAAGCAUUGAACUUUGCCUUCAAAGAUGCCUAUAAGAAGCUUCUCUGUCCAUUUGGUAUUUAUUAUUUCAAUAUUAUUAAGACCCAAGAAAGGAGAAAUUCCUCUUUUUCUUAGGAAAUAUGGCUUCAGGUGGUGCAGCUGGUGCAACAUCUUUGAUAGUUGUUUAUCCACUCGAUUUUGCAAGAACAAGAUUAGCUGCAGAUAUUGGUAAGAAGGCUGACAGACAAUUUAAUGGCUUAACAGAUUGUUUGAGUAAAGUAUAUAAAUCAGAUGGAUUCAUCGGAUUGUAUAGAGGAUUUGGAGUUUCAGUUUUGGGAAUUGUAGUAUAUAGAGGAGUCUAUUUUGGUACAUAUGACACAGCAAAGGGAACAAUCUUUAAACAUCCAAUGAUGGGAAACAUUAUUGCCAAAUUCAUUGUCGCCUAAUUCAUUACAGGAACAGCUGGUGUUAUUUCUUAUCCUUUAGAUACAAUCAGAAGAAGAAUGAUGAUGCAAUCUGGUAAUCAAUAAUUAUUUAUCUAUUUUAUAGGAAGAGCAGAUGUUCUUUAUAAAAAUACACUUGAUUGUGCUGUCAAAAUUGCUAAGAAUGAAGGAACUAAAGCCUUCUUCAAAGGAGCCCUUUCAAAUUUCUUCAGAGGAAUCGGUGCAUCACUUGUCUUAGUCCUCUAUGAUGAAAUCUAAUAAUUUGUUGCCCCAGGAUCCAAAUCAGCAGGAGGUGAAUGAUCAAUUAGUAUUGUACAUUCAACACACAAUAUAAUAAUAAUAUACAUCUAACU